AUGAACUUGAAAGGAUUGGUUGAUGUGGCUGUUUGGGGUGGGAACGAUUACGUCUCCGUCUGGGAUGGAAAGGGAUGGUGCGAUCUAAUGGUAAGACUAGAAAUUGGUGCAUACAUUGGGUGCUAUACUUGUAUCUUCUGUAUUCUGCUUAAUUUGCUAAUGAUAUUUAUGGUGAAUAAGGCUACAAUCUGGUGGUUUGGACAUAAGAAAACAAGACUAGGUAUUGAAAUCUUCUGCUCUAUUGUGUUUCCGAUCAUCAUUAUCGGUAUCAGUAACGUGGCACUUUCUCGCCGAUAUUCCAUUUAUCAAAUAUCAGGAUGUACAAUGUCCUUUAGCAAGGACCGGGUUGCAAUUCUUGUUUUCUUUGCUUGGAUUUUUGUUUGGUGCAUAUUGGAUUUUAUCUUAAGCGUAGGAACGUUGGUUCUAUUCUUUUUCAAGAGAAAAGCCGCCAAGGAUAUAUUGGUUUGUACAAACAGCGGAAUGUCAAUGAAAAGGUUUCUACGACUUUUGAUUUUUUGCAUUUUCAUCUUGGCAGUUUUAAUCUUGACGUGCAUUAACGUGGGAAUAAGAUUACAAGGACUUUCCUCAGAUUUCUAUGCGCCUGACUUUCACUCCAAGAUUUUCUACAACGACAUUUUACGGUAUGCACACAACAGCCGAGUGGACUUGGACAAAUGGAUCUUUAUUGCAUGUUCUUUUAUUGGAUUUGUGGCUUUUGGAACUGGCCUGGAUGCUUCCAAAAUGUAUAUCGACGGUAUCAAAAAGCUUCCUUAUGGCUACAAAGUGGUGAGCAAAACAGAGGAAUGGAGAAACAAGUACAGGGAAAAGGCAAAAGAAACUUUCUUUGCGCAGCAUUUCGGAAUAUACUCUGAUAAGACCAAAGAUAAUUUGGAUACAGGAAUAUCAAGUGUUACAUAUACUCCCAAUGAGGACUACCCCAACAAAGAGGACUCCGCGGUUGCCACACAAAAUUAUAGUCCAUCCACAGAAUCCCCCACAAACACUGCUUAUGAAGACAAUGAAAAGGUGGAAAGAUAUAUAAAUGAUGCAAUUGACGCUGAGGAGAUACAAUUCAAUUUCCCGGCAGAUUUGGAAAGAGCAAAGAACGCAUUAAAUCCAGACGCUGAGCAGUGA